GUCUUCAGGGAGAUAAGAAGGAAUUUGGUGUAUAUGAUAUGGUAAAUGGGAUGAUCUAGUGUCUGAAAGAUAAGUUUCCCGUACUUUGACAAAAAUGAUUAGAAAUUUAUAGAUGUUUAUUUUUUGGUGAUAAUCUAGACAGCAUAGGUUUUUGUGCAAAAUUUGGGUAGUGACUAGUUAAUGUUAACUUGGGGAUAGUGUUGGAGAUUGUCAAGCUCUUCUCAAAAAUUGGUAAGUAUUAAAUGUUCAAUUCACAGAAACAAAUUACUUUGUUUUGAAAUGUGAAUACUACACUAGAAUAUUAACUGCUUAUAUUUGAGUGAAUUAUUGUUAAUAAAAAGCUGGGCUUUAAAAUUUUGCCUGUGAACCCUUGUCAACCAUAAGAUUAUUCUGUAUCCAAAACCUACCAAAGCAGUGAUUUAUAGCUUAGUCUGCUAGUUCUUGUAUCUUUUUACUUGACAGCCCCUUGGUGCUAAAUUUUCAGUGAAUUGGGGAAGUAGAUUUUUAGUUAAAAUCCCUAAUCUUUUUCUUUUGAUUUCCUCAUAGCUAGUCAAAAACCAUCAAAACACAUUUUUUGCACCCAAAAGAAUUAACUAAAUCUUAACAUUUGCCUUGGAUGCUAAUCAGAGUUGGAAGCUGAAUUUAAGACCACUAUGCAGGUGACAUAAUUUCAAACCUAGAAAAAACUAGACCUGAUUUGGUGGUAGAGGAAAUGGGCCCCGAGAGAGAUUUGCAUAAGGGCACCUAACCAAAACAUGUAGAUGAACCUUGUGGAAUGUAGGAAGGAAGGGAAGGGAUCUUAAGUUCAAAACAGAUUCUUUAAGUAGAGAACUUGGUAUAGACUACAAAAAUUACUAGUUCUUAUGCAAGAAUUCAAAAUCCAAUGUUCAAGAAGUGGAAAGAUUUUUACUAUUAAAACUGACAAGUUCUGUUUUAUGUGUAGAACAUAAGUAUUUUAAACAACUAAUUUGGGGAAGGUUAAUGUGAGCUAGGCUUAAGCCUGUGUUCAUUGAAUGUGUUGGAAAUCAGACCAAGAUGAAAAUGCCUUCACUCAAGAUUGAGUGCAUUAAACCUAAGUUCAAAGAUGUACUCUACUAAAAAUCAUAGUAGUUCCAACCUCAGAAUUGAAGUGAGAUGGGAAAUGUGUCAUAAAUAGGCUGUCUGAAGAUGAGAGAACUUAACUGCAUAUUUAUGAAAGAUAGAGGGGUGCGGGUCCAGACCGCUGGAAGCUGUGAGGGGAGAUGUAGGUUUUGUUGUUUUUGUUUUGUUUUGUUUUUUCCAGUCUUAGGAAAUGAGUCCUAAACCUCUCCUGUUUUGGCAGCUACUAGCAGAAAGUCAGUCACAUUGUUUUAGAACUAAAAAAGCUGCCCUGUAUUGUUCCCCUUUUCUCUCCCUAUUUGUGUCUCCUUAGAAUAGUGUAGGGAACCUAUAAUUAGUUUGUUAUUUUCUAACCAAGGAAAAACUCUUAAGUCUUUCUAAGAAGCAGUUAUUUUUCAUAACAUCAGAUUGAAUAACCCACCUUGCUGUUCAGCCCACAUCCUUCUGGAAACAAAAGGUAAGAAACCCAUUUUCUGAUUUGUAAUUGUUUGGGAUCUGAAUUUUAUUUUAAAAUUUUGUUUAAUAAUUUUUUAAAAUUUUGUAUAACAGAUUUUCCUCAUCUAAAAUGUUUUUUCUCCUAAGUUUUAUACUUUUAUAAAUUUUGAGUGUUCCCAUGGACACUCAUUAUAGUGUUUAAGUUGAAUAAGAUUGAUUUAGAAUUUCAGCUUUCUCAGUUUUAUCUUUGAAACAUCUUGCUCAUUAGGGCUGACGUGGGGUUUUUUUGGUUUUUUUUUCAAGUUUUCUGUGUAGAUGAACUGUGUCUUUUCACUUUGUAUAUGAAGCGCUGAAAUUACAAAUUAAGUUACAUGUAUUUAUCAUAAGUAGUAGUAAAAGCUAUUAGGCUGAAGUUCUGUUGUUACAUAACCAUUCUUUGGUUUCACUUAGUUUUAUCCCGGUAGAGUGCAAAGGCAGAAAACAGGUUCACAAUCUCUUAUCCAAAAAACUCUGAAAACAAAAUUUGUUGUUGAAUGUAAAACCUGACCAGAAUUGAUGCCUUAAUUUUGCACUUUCUGGGGCUACGCGGUCUUCUGCAGAAAUAUUGGUGUUUUGUUACACAGUUACCAUAGGCUUUGCUGAGGGUGUUACAUGAUACAGGGGCUAUAUACCAUAUAUUUUAAUAUUAUAAAGUGAAAAUGACUAAAUUUUAAAUACAUUUGCCUCCACAAGUUUGGGUAAGAGAUUGUAGAACUAAUAGAAUGAAGAGCUAAACCUGUAUACCUUUGGGCUUGUGAGUGAAAAACCUGUUAAGUGUGGAUCCUUUAUUGAGAUGUAAGUUCCCCAUCUUUUUAGGCUGAAGCAGCCACGAGAGAAAAAAGGUAUGACCCACAUUUCUUUAUAUUCUGUCGCUGUUGUGGACUCAACAAUUGUACUCCACUGAAGGAAAUUCUGCCAUCCUAGUGUAUGUAGUGGUACAUUUUAUUCUUGGGGGGUAAUUUUUUUCAGUACUUUACAGGACUUUACAUUGAUCAGUCUGAUCCUAUAUGAGAAGCUGGGAUUGGCAUGAAGUAAUGAGAUUAUAAGGAAGCAUCUGUUCAUUGUGUUCAUUUUGAUUGCCUAUUGAACAAAUAGCAAUCCUGGCAAAAACUUUAAAAAGAGGCCCAGGAAGUUAGACUUAGUCCUGUGAUUGAGGACUUUGGGGAUGCUUCUUGAUUAACUUCAAAAGCUAUACCUGACAGGCUUACAUUAAAGGUGGUUGUGAUUUUGUAGGAAUCGAAUUUUUGUUACAAAAAGCACUUGAUGCUUCUGAAAAAAUAAACUGAAUAAAUUAGUCUUUGUCAUGUAGAAGUUAAUUUAGGCAGAAAUAACCUCAUAAUAAACAUUCUAAUAAGUUCUGCAGCUGGGUAAUUGGGGAGAGAAUAUUUACACUUAACGCAUACUUUUGCAUAAGGUGGUUGCAGUUGUAGGUAGGUGUGCAAAACAGAUAGAUGAAACAAUACUUAAGAUCUUGAGUUCUGCAGAUCCUGGGUGUUUGUCUUUAUCUCUUAAGCACAAAGGAGUUAACGCUCAACAAAGUUAAAUGUCUUAACUCCUGUAAUUUAGGACUGUAAUCUGUCAACUAUUGAUAGAACUAUCGAUGUGAAGAUAGUGGAAAUUGAGAGCCUCUAUAGAAUGCUAUAUUCAUCUUCACCAAAUAUGAACAAAACCACUUGUAGGGAUGCCAGAUGUCUAAUUUUCUUUUUUUUUUUUAAUAUUCCACUCCUGUUUGAAUAAAUGCUAGGGAAAACUGUAUGGCCACUAGAGGGGGCUAUUACACAAAAUCAACCAGGAAAUUAUCCCUACUGUAAAACAUCGCUAAAGCAAAGUGGAAAGCAACUGCCUUAAUCCUAUUAGCUUCAAAGUUAAGUGGGGUUUUUUGAGUAAGUUUCCUUACUAUAACUUUACCUUUGCCUUCCCAUCUGUUGAGUAGGAAUCCAUUUAGGUCUUGAAUAGAGAUUUACUAGUACUGAACGAACCUAUAAAGAAAAAUAUGUCUAGGUUUGGGGACUUAGGAGAAAACGCUGUAGAUGUGAAUUUGCUUGUUUCCCUGUUUCCCUUGUACACCUACAGGUAUAGACCAGUAAGGCCAGAAGUAUAAGAAUUGGAUACAGGAGUAGAUGCGCUACACAAAGCAAUCUAGGCAUAAAAUCGGUCCUAUACUAGGAAAAACAAAUAUGUAUUCUGGGACCUUUGUUGCUUGUUUAUAUGGCGUGAAACAGGUUUCUGGAAUCUUCUUCCGUAGCAUUACUGAAAGACUUAAUGAGUAUUAGUGUGUCUUAAAAUCCUGCUUAUUCAUCAGGUUAACUGUUUACAUUUGUCUGUUCUCUAGGCUUUGCUUAACUAGACACACAGUAUCUUGUGACCAUAACGUCUGUACACAUAGUUCUCUUGUCAUGUUUACUUAAUGCCAUUUUUUUAAAGAAAGCUUAAAUUUCAGCAUUCGUCAUUCCCAUCAUUCCCCUCUCUAUAACCUUAUAUUGCAAAGAAACUCAAAGGACACAAACUUAACUCUUGUUUAAAUUCACUAUAAAAAUACUGUUAAAAAUUUUUAGGUCCAGUCGAUGAUACAGUUUACUCAAGAAAAUGGGUAUGGGAGCACACACCUUAAAACAUUGAUGUUAGAAACUUGUAUGCUUUGAAGAAUAAGAUUCUAAAAGAGCAAAUAAAAGUAUUUUUCCAAGAGAGAGCAGAAUCAAGUUUACACAGAGGUUGCCUGCCUAACUAACAUUUUAUGUGGCAAGUGUAGCCACAGAAGGUGGUUGCUGACUAGCAGGCUUGGUGCAGGUUGGAUUGAGAGGACUCUAGGUUGAUUAUACCUGUGUCUUUAAUCUUAGCAGUGUUAGCUAUGGGGUCUCCUUAGCCGAACUUGUGAAGAAGCACUCUAAAACCAAAAUUGUACAAUUGGAACUCCAAAAUUGACUUUGUAAAAGAAAAAAGCUGAACUUGGAGAUUGUAAAUUGCCAGAGGCAUGGUAGAAUUAUGUCCUGAGGUGCUAUUAGGGAAGCCUUAACACACAAAGUUUGGGAUAAGUGUUCAAGUUGUGGCAACGAUUAGGGUGUAAAACUUAGGAAUGGACUGCUGUAUCAGUCAAAAGACAACCGACAGCCUUUAAAUAGGACUUGGAAGUACUGGGCUGAAUCUCUCCUGCCCUUAAAGUGGCUUACUUGGAAAUUUGAGUUAACAACAUCUACUGUAUGGUCAGUGAAUUUUAAGUGUGGUUAGAAUUUCAUUAGUAUCCUCACCUCAAGCCUCAACUGUCCACCAGCCACUGUUGGUAGGGUGGUUUUGUUUUUUUUUUUUUAAUGAAAAAUUUAUCCUGUCACUCCCUACUAGAGUAUUUUGAAAUCUCAUUGCUUGGAGGUUAGUCUUAGAAAUAAGGCACCUGAGGCCCUUGGUAACCUAGCCCCCAGCCUACCUUUAUAGCUUCAUCUCUAGCCCUCCCCCUGAUACGCUCCAUAUCCCAGGACGUGGCGUUCCCCAGCAUUUCUUGCAUUUGGUCCUAGUGUUUUUUUUCUCCUGCAGUGCCUUCCAUCUCUUCAUUUAGAGAGAUUUAACAUUGGAUAGUAUGUCAAAAGUCACCUCCUGGGAACUUAAUGCCCGUCAUACGGACAGAAUCAUUCCUUUGUGUGUGGACACAGACUUGUGUGUGUGUACCUCGAGUAUAGCUAGGUCACCUAGCUUGCUUGCACUCUCCAGCCAUCUACUUCAACUUCCUUGUUUCAUGAAUUUUAAUUUCCUGAGGAACCAAGGUGGUGUCUGGCACGAUAGUCACUAAAUAAACUUAUUUGAAUGAGCACUAUUGGUCCUUCCCCUGUUCCCACAGAGUAUUUCUACUGUAUCUUAACUUUUGUCAUUCUGUCUUGAUUAUCAGUGAGUUGUUUAUGUAUCUGUCUUUUCUAACAGGUCAUAACCUUUCUUCCUCCCCCUUCCAGGUAUAGCACAAAAUAGCUAUGCACUGAAUAGACACUCAAGAUAAUCAUUCAAUUGCUUUGGAAGAGAAACCUAGAAAUUUGAAUUAUUUCCCAUUCUGAGUAUCUUGAAUAAGUAAUCAGUAAAUAUAGGUCUAUAUUUUUUCUGUGUCUAAGUUGGGAAUAAAUCUUUGUUAUUGAUUGUGUAGUAGUAGAAGCUAAAUAUUUGUAUGUAACAUUAAAAUAUCAUUUUCCAUUCUGUGACCUCCUGGAGUGUUUCUAAUUAUUUUUGGAGACUUUUUUUUUUUUUUUUUUUUGAGUUAUAAAAUAAACCAAAAGUGACAUCCACGUUUUAAGGCGUGAAAUGUUGGCUGGCACUAAAACAAAGACAACUGAAAAUGGUUCCUUUGUCCUCUAAAACUAGGUAGUAAAAUUGCAUACCACUUUCUGUGUAACCAGUUUUUAGCCCAGUACCAUUGUAUCUACAACUUGAACUAGAGCUUAUUUGCCAGAUACAGUUCAAAAUGCUGUUCAGUUUGUGUUCCAUCUCCAUUUGCCAUACCAGCAUCCUUAUCUAUACACCCAAAUUCAUUACUGAAGUGUUUUAGCUGAUUUCAUGUCAACUCCCUUAAUACGAAUCAACAAUAGGUCUACCUUUCCAAUUAAUCACUAUUCUCAAUCACACCUUCCCUUGCUCUGGUUGAUUUGGUAAAUAACGGACCAUGCUUGUUUUUACUUUUGUGUUUGUAGACCUUUCUCCUUCCCUCCCCAUUAGUCACCCUGAAGCUUCAAGUCCUGAUCAUCCUCUGUUAAACUUCAUUCCUGAGACUAUAAACUUCACAUUUCUUCUCUGUGAUGCAUUUAAUCUCACAAAUUUAUUUUAUUACUAUUGGAAGUUUUGUGGGUUUUUAGUACCCAGUGAGGUUUCUGUAGAAUUAUUUGUAUCUCCCAUUCAGCCAAAUGCAGUGCUGAAAGAACUUUUAUUCCUUAGAAGCAACACACUAUAGAAGUCUAUUUCACAAGCUUGGGUUAACUGGUUGGAUUGAGAAAACUAUUGUGUUCUUAACACUGCAUCAAAUAAUGGCUCCUCAGAUGUGAAACUAGGAAAUUCAAAUUUAAAUUCUAACCUAAUCCAAGUAACUUUUCCCAUUAUAAUGUUGCCCCAAGAUCAGUCUUACAAAGUCCAGAAGAAAGUUGUUUUUGUUUUUGUUUUUGUUUUUUUGGUAAGCUGUGCACACUCUGAGAAUAGAUCAUCAAGAAUUGAUGCUGUUGUCUCCCUAAGGGUAGAAUGGUUCCCUCCUGGUGCUUCUUCCUGUGUCUCCUUUUUACAUCAUUCUUAGUCACGAUUUUUAACAGAAGAAGCUUUAAAUUACUUCCAGACUUUGUGGUCAUACCUCAAUGAGAAUUCCUGCAGAUUUCCCUUUGGGUUGGAUUCUUUUGGUGGUUAUUUAUCCAAAAAGGCAUUCAUGUGUGAAGAUUUAUAUAGAAUUUAGGAAAUGGGUAAUAUAUUUCCUUGGUUUGGGAGAAUCUUAACAUGACUCCAGGACCCUGCCCUGGUUAAUUGUCUCAAAGCCAAGAGACUCAACAAACCUCUCCUUCACUAUCAGCAUCCCCGUUCCUUUUGCCUCUAAUUCAACCACCCCUUCAUGAUCAGCUAAAGACUUAAGCAUUCUUGGACUAAUUGCACUAUAAUUCUGCUUUGCUUUUCUUCACAUUUAUAUAUUGUUGCAUAUGAUGUAUGAGCUUGCAUGUUGCUUUUAAUCUGUUGUAUAAUUGUUUUGUGUACAUAUAUUUCCCCUGGCUACAUAGUAAACUGAGCAAGCACUGUUAACUUUUUGACACUUCCAAGAUGCUCAUAUGCUAAUACCUUAAUGUUUAUGAAUAAAUCUGUUCAUAAAAUCCUAUACAGGUGCACUGCAUGGCUUAAGUAGUAUGGUCCUCUAAUCAGAUUGGGCUUAUGUCCAAAGUAGUGACUUCAAGGGUUCAUGCCCUUGCUACCUUUUUUAAAGGAAAAAUGCAAAGGCAUUAAAUACCUUAUUCUCAAUGGUAGUAGUUAACUCUUCCAUUAAAUACUUUGAUUCAUUUUAAUCUUGGAGUGGCAUUAGCCUCAUUUUGCAGUUGAGAUAAUAGGCUGAAAGAUACUAAAAGUGACAGGCCCAGAACUUGAAUCUUGUGACAAAUUUGUUCAUUUUACUACCACAUUGCUUUUUUUUUUUUUUAAGCCAGCCUGCCUUUUUCAGUGUGGUGGUUUCUAGGGGCUUAAGUGAAAAUCACCUGUAAUAUCCACCUGACGCCACCAGGGUGUCCCAUGGUGCUGUCUUUGAUCCGUGUUUUAGUCUUAGUGGCUGUGGCCCAGAGCUCAGCAGCAGGAAGGUCAGGUGAUCCCUGACUUUCUAGUAUGCAGUGCAAAGCCAGCAUCAGAAAUGCCCUUGCCCUCUUUUAACUCCUACUAGUCAGGCUGGCCUCAGGGCACAACCAGGGCUUGGCUAGCCACUCCUAACUGGGGGCAGGCCACAAAGGACAGUAAGAUAGAAAAGACCCUGUGAAUGGGUAAAAUGUCCACAAACAUGCAUUUGUUCUAGUAGCUGAAUAUACACUUAACACAAAUUUGUAUUAGUGAAAGAGAUCCAUUACAGAAAGAUUGAGUUGCUUUACUACUCGAGGUAGAUGAAUUUUAAAAGCCAAUGUAUGGUGACUUCAGUAAUAGUCUGCAUUACACUUAGCCCUGAGUAUGUAUACAACUUCUUAGGCAUCCGUGUUGAUAUUUAACAAUCCUUUAUGAUGAUCUUUGGUGUUAAAGCUAUAAUUUAUGUGAGAACUAAUGAGGUGAAGUCUAUUUAGUAGUAAAGAAAUCAAAUGCCUGCUUUAAAUUUUUUUUUCCUUCCAAUCCUUUUUAAGCACUUCAUACAAAUGUCUAUGAUUCUUUUCAAGUUUUAAUUUCUCUACUGGGAGGAGCUCCAUAAAAGUAUGCCCAGUGACUAGUACAGUUCCAGACAUUUAAUAGGUGCUCAAUUAAUACUUAUAUAUUGAAAUAGCAAAACUUCCAUAAUAGCUAUGGGAUGGUGAUACAUGAGCCGUUUCUCUAAGGAGAGAGUUAGUGAGCACUUUGAUUUGUCUUUAAGCUGAUUAGAACCCUUUAUGAAGUGGGAAAGUAGUCCCUGAGAGGUCCUGGACUGCCUUUCAAAAUAUGAAUGAAAUAUGUUAUUCUGGGUAGAAAUUAGCACAGCCUGGAUUUGACCUUAACCAUGCAAUAUCUCUAAGAUUAGGUGUUCACCAGGGCUCUUAGAGCUACCAGGAUAGGCUUACUAAGUUAAACAUUACUGAUGGCAGAUGUUGGGUUGGUAGUGCCCUUUUCCCUUACUGCUGCCUGUCUUCCCAGUGUGUCCCCAUCCCCAAAUUCUUGUGGUUUUAAGGAAAUCACUGGAAUAAAUCCUAAACCUAUCUGUAGUAGUCCAGCACCCUUUUCAGCUUUCUCAUGUCUUUGGUGAGAGGCUAAUCACAGAUUACUGUACCAAUUUGGACCCUUCUGUAGUGAUCGGAAUAACUGAGCUAAAUUAACAUAUCAAACAUGGGGGCUUCCUCAAGCUUCAUGAGUUUUUCUGAGUGUACUGUGUAGGGGACUGGAUGAAUAAUUAGGAAUAAAAGUUACUAGUUCCAGUGUUCCUGAGAAGCAUCACUAAAGGAUUUUUUCAUCCCUUAAUUAUAAAUCUAUAAAUGCAUUAAUAGAUUGUUCUGAAGAUGCACUUCCAUAUAUGAAGAGUAAGUAUAUUGCCUUUCCUAUCUAAAGUGCAAACUACUAAAAGGCAGAAAUGUGUAUCCUAACCCCCAGAAAGCCUGUUUCUGGGAUUACUUUAUACCUACCUGAUGCUCCCAGAAGCUUUUUAACAGGCUUAGAUUGACUAUUUGUGAUUGUUGAAUGAAAGGUGAGAGAAAGUGAAAGGAGAGGUGGGGCAGGCAGAGUAAGCUGGAAAAACGAGGAAAUAGCUGGGAGCUGAAGGGGGGGGGGGGGUACUUAUGUAAGGUCAGUAAAACAAAAAGAAGAGGACAGGGUCAGGCCUUGGGGCUAGAGAGCUAAUUCUGUCAACUAGUAGAGAUUUGUAUGCUUUGUUGAAAAGAUAACUUCAGGAGAAAAAUCUAGAUUCUCCCAUCUUCCCUGUUUACCAGAGUAAAUUGUUCAUCAAGUCAACCUACACGGUCUUCUAGGAAUUCUGGUCCUCUUCAAUUCUAGCAAAGAGCUUGUUGUCUCUGCUCAGGCAAUCAAGGAUACAAUGUUUCAAGUAGUAUUUGUGGAUAGCUGUAAACUUGAUGUUUUAUUCACAGCUUAAGGAGCAACUGUGGAGUACAGCUGUUGUCCCUAUGUUGAGCUUUAACAGCUUGCCAGGUUCCUGCACCUGCUUGUAGGCCUGGACCCAAUGACUGAGCUUUAGGCAGUGUCUAGUUCAGGGACUGCUCAGGGUCAAGAAACAUCUUUAAAGGAGUGAAUUCCCUCCUUAGCCAGAUGUUAUGCUGUUGUGGCCUUGUGUUGCCAUCUCUUGGCUUACUUUCUAGAGUGGAGCAGCCUUCCUAAAGCUUAGUCUAGCUAGUCUUGUGAUGCCGCAUCAGUGUCUUAGGUCACCACUGCUCACUUCCCUCAUGCAGAGAGCAUAAUACAUCAGUUCCUCAACACCUGUUUCAUUAUUCCCUGUUCCCUUUUUUACCAGGAAUGGAGGGAUCCACAGCAGAACAUCAGAUUGACCCGAUGAGGCUUUUUCUUAAUUCUAGGUCCAUGAAAGGGAGAGGAAGGACUACGGACUCAGAAAGAGGGAACCAUAAGAUCCGCCUGUAUUAAUUAAUAUGCUAACUCUUUGGAGAUUUCUGAGAAACACAAUCCUUCCUGAAUUCUGGACUACUAAUUCUGGUGUGAAGAAAUUAUCAAUGAGGCUGAUCUGUCCCUUGACGUGCUACCUGCUUCUGCUACCCACCCAUACUGCAGACUUCUCAUUCAUCCCCAAGGCCUCCAAGCAAUGUCCAAUAGGGAAUCGACUCUAAAAGGAACCAGACCAGACCAAAAAGGUUAGCUACCUCUCUGAGGAGAGGAUAGCAAACGUUCAGGACAUCAUCCUACAAAGUUCCAGUAGCAGUGACGCCUACACGGAAGACUUGGAACUGCAAACAGAGGCUGGGGUCACCUCAGUGACAUCUGACGCCGUCCAACCACAAGUUCGAUUUUUGUUCUGUGGGGCGAGAAAGACUGUACUAAAAGACAAAAAUAGUUUCUUAUCUAUACUUUCUCACUUGUUUUUGUUUAUUUUUUUGGCGGGAGAGGGGGAUGUUCGGGCAAAAUUUCCUAUCCUCUCUGGCGUUAAGGGGAGGAUGGGAAAGCUCAGCCCUUCGCCCAAGAAUAAGCCAGUAAUGACAUCUCUACGCGUGGGAAGUGUUUCCCUCAGCUGGGAGGAUCUGAGGCUGCACCCCAGUGGGAUUCCUUGCUAGAGCUGGAGGGCCGCUCCGAGGUAGAUGCACAUCGUAAGCAGGAGUGCGGAGGGGUUAGCUGGCUGGGGAUGAAAUACCAGACGGGAGAGACACUCCAAGUCCUGGGGGCUUCCCCCAAUUUGGAGGCACGGUAGCGCGGCGCAUACGGGACGGAAGAGCCAGGUGACCGCCGUGGCCUGCGCCUGCCGCCGAGGGUCUGACAGGGACGCGACGCUGCUGGGCACCGCGUUGGAGUCCCGGGAGACGGCGCCGCAGUGCCCAGCGAGUCCGCGCCAGACCCUGGCGUCCUCCAUCUUCUCUCCUGCGCUCCCCCUGCUCCGGCUGCCUGAGCCGCGGACCGCAGCACCACACACCCCCGCGGGGGGGGACGCCGCGCCCCAUCCCCGCCCCCGGCCCCACCCCAGCCCCCCCGCGGAGGCCCUGACCCCACCGCCGGCGGGCGCUGGCUGAGCUCCGAGGCGGCGAGUCUGCGGCGGGGACGCCCAGAAGGGGUCCGGGCGGCUGGGGGCGGCGGCGGCCGGGUCGGGGCUCCCCCCCCGCCCGCGCUCGCCGCGGCGGUGGUGCGUCCCGGAGGUUACCGGAAGUGGCCGCGCUCGGCGCUGCCAUGUUGAGGAGCCGCCGCUGCCGCUGCCGCCGCCGCCGCCGCCGCCGCUUUGUUGUCGCCUCCUCCGGCUGAGGAGGCUCCCCGAGCGGGGGGAGUGGGGAGGAGGGGGGUCGGCCGCCGCAGCCAUGGAGGCCAACUGGACCGCGUUCCUGUUCCAGGCCCAUGAAGCCUCCCAUCACCAACAGCAGGCAGCACAGAACAGCUUGCUGCCCCUCCUGAGCUCUGCUGUGGAACCCCCUGAUCAGAAACCAUUGCUUCCAAUACCAAUAACUCAGAAACCUCAAGCAGCACCAGAAACAUUAAAGGAUGCCAUUGGGAUUAAAAAAGAAAAACCCAAAACUUCAUUUGUGUGCACUUACUGCAGUAAAGCUUUCAGGGACAGCUAUCACCUGAGGCGCCACGAGUCCUGCCACACAGGGAUCAAGUUGGUGUCCCGGUCAAAGAAAACUCCCACUACGGUGGUUCCCCUCAUCUCCACCAUCGCUGGGGACAGCAGCAGAACUUCGUUGGUCUCAACCAUUGCUGGCAUCUUAUCAACAGUCACUACAUCUUCCUCGGGCACCAACCCCAGCAGCAGUGCCAGCACCACAGCUAUGCCCGUGACCCAGUCUGUCAAGAAACCCAGUAAGCCUGUCAAGAAGAACCAUGCCUGCGAGAUGUGUGGGAAGGCCUUCCGAGACGUGUACCACCUCAACCGGCACAAGCUCUCCCAUUCGGACGAAAAGCCCUUCGAGUGUCCUGUUUGUAAUCAGCGCUUCAAGAGGAAGGACCGGAUGACUUACCAUGUGAGGUCUCACGAAGGAGGCAUCACCAAACCCUAUACUUGCAGUGUUUGUGGGAAAGGCUUCUCGAGGCCUGACCACUUAAGCUGUCACGUAAAACAUGUCCAUUCAACAGAAAGACCCUUCAAAUGCCAAUUUUCCUCCCUCAUGCAGACAUGCACUGCUGCCUUUGCCACCAAAGACAGACUGCGGACACACAUGGUGCGCCACGAAGGCAAGGUAUCGUGUAACAUCUGUGGGAAGCUUCUGAGUGCAGCGUACAUCACCAGCCACUUAAAGACACACGGGCAGAGCCAAAGUAUCAACUGUAAUACAUGUAAACAAGGCAUCAGUAAAACAUGCAUGAGUGAAGAGACCAGCAACCAGAAGCAGCAGCAACAGCAGCAACAGCAGCAGCAGCAGCAACAUGUGACGAGCUGGCCAGGGAAGCAGGUGGAGACACUGAGACUGUGGGAAGAAGCUGUCAAAGCAAGAAAGAAAGCGCUGUGUAAAACAGGCUCUUUUUCCUGGCCUGCCGAUGGUUGGCUCUGCCUGCAUGAAGCUGUAGUGAGAAUACUAAGCCCUGCUUGCUAUCUCUGCCCCCCAGAGUGCCUUGCAGAAAUUAACUGAUCUUCCCAGCAUCACUGUGAG